GACCUUGACCCUAGGGAACCCAAAUGCAGUCCCAUGAAAGUAACAGUGACCGUGACCUUGAACCUAGGGACCCCAAUUGCAAUCACAUGAAAGGUGACAUUUGAAGCGAGAAAUAAUUAACUCGCGUUCUAAAUAUUGCCACCAGACAAGGUUUCCAUGAUGCGCUACAGACGACACUCUUCAAGAAGGGAUGUAAUUACAAUGUGGUGACCAUUAAAAGAAGUUCCAUACGGGCAUUUUAUCUUCGCCCGUGAGCUUGGAAUAAGCUAAUGAAAAGCAGUAUGAAAACUGAUGAUAUAAGACUGCUGACAAAAGAUAAGAUAUUAUAAGAUAAGAUGAAAUAUGAACGGGAUAAGAAUGUUGGCUCUUCCAUUUAUCAUCAUACUUUUGGUGAUACCAAUAAUUGCAAACAACAGCACACAUGGUACGUUUGCGUAUGCCAGGACAAACUGUUCCCAACAAGGAGGACUGGCGUAUGAUAAUAUUGUGACAACUUCUCUACUUACGGAUUACAAAGAGAACAACUGUAGUCUCGCGAGCAGUUUAGGACUUAACGAUGGUGAAGCAUUUUGGAUAAAACUGCAAGCUGAGCUAGGAGCGUAUAUAACAGAGCUCGGGUGUGCCACGGUAUUACCAAAGGAUUUUACGUUGAAUUUGACAGAAAAACCCUCCUUGUUCCAAUGUACUAAAGAGUGUUUGGCUCGUGGAUCUAUGAAUUACAUUAGUUUCCAUAACGCACAAUGUUAUUGCAUGGCUGAUGACUAUUCGAACUUUGAAUGUUCGGAUUCAAGUCAUGCUGCCAUUUACCGCAGAUUUCAGAUUGAUGAAGAAGAAGGCAAACACAGAUGCAUUGUUGCCAAACUUAAUAACAGCAAGUUUGGAUACACAAGCGCUAAAUGUUCUGAUAAACAUUUAGGAGUUUGUGUGGAUCGAAGUACGCAAUCAAAGCUCCAAAGUAAUUGUACGACGUUUUACCCUACAUUUUCUGAGAUCGGGCGAGAUAUUUGUAUUCCACCAGGAAUAUACAUCAAAGAUGAAAUGAAGGGAAAAUGUUCAGAGUACAAUGGUAAAUUGACCCCGUACCUAUAUCAAGAUAUCAGCCAUUAUCUGCUCGACGGAUUGUACUUUCAGGACAGUUUCCUUACGUUUGAUCCACAAACUGAUGAAGAGUAUUCCGGGUCGGAAGAUUUUCUAGCAUGCUUGUCAAUCACGAAGCAAGGCUGCAUGCUUAUACUGGAAACAGACAAAUGUGACAAUGUGAAUAGAUAUCUAUGUGGUGAGGACAUACAUUUUGAAAAGCAGACAGGAGCAUCAACUCGCAUGGAUUCGGACUGCAUUGUACUAUCCAUGUGUUUGUUUUUGAAAAUAAUUACUUACUAAUGUUUGUAAUGAUGACAAUAAACAAGCAUAAGUAAGAUACAAUAUAAAAUGUGGAUAUUUUCUUUUUGUAAUAUAUCAUGAAGAAUAUCAAAGACUGUGGGAACUGAAAGGUUUUCUACCAAGACUUACAGUCAUAGUUGAUAAUGACAAAGUUAUCAAGUAUUGUAUUAUUCAAAUAUAAUGAUAUGAUUUCGAUGCUAGUGUUUCACAGCUAAAUGAUAUGUGAGAUGAACCUGUUAUAAUAUUUUUAAACUAAACAGUAGAGAUAACAAUAAUGGUUCCAGUACUCUGAUAAAAAAUAUGUUUAGACAUAUAAGUCGGAUAAAAAUAUGGUGUAACGUCCAAGGUCAGAAUAUAAAACUUGUAUAAGAAAAGAUAGGCUGUACUUCUAUAAGUUAUAGAAUGAUACGCUUGGGCAAGGUAUAUUUCAAAAGGCAAAACUGUAUUUGAAAAUGCUUAAGCAAUAUGCUAGUAUGCAUGAUGUUAAUGUUACACGGAGCGCUUUUAAGCAAUACUUUAAAUGUGUAAAUAACCCAAAUAACAUGGAUGAUUUUUUUAAACGAUAUGAAAGAAAUGAAUUUAGCGUUUCGCUUGAUUAAUUGAAUCUACCUGAAGGUACUCGUCGUUUAAAGGCUAUAGAUAAGAAUUUUGGCAUUUGGUUGUAAAUUCUUUAACACAAGGCAUUGCGAUCUAUGGGAGAAACAUACAAAAGGAACUUGGUAUAUUUAUAUAGGGUUAUUAAGUUUUCUAGUUAAAAUAGCAAGAUACACAGAGCAUUGCGAUCUAGUUUGGUGAACAGAGCGGGUCCGUCUGUCUUGGUCAGAGGGAACUGCGAUAUGUGUGCUGACAACCCAGUCAGCAUGCACAUAUCGGGCCCAUGUGGGUAACUGAUCGGCAUAUCGGCAUAUCGGCGCGCUGUCGGACCCCUAUCGGACCAAUAUUGUCAAAAAAAUGUUCUGUAUGAAAAUUAUUGUGGAAAACAUAUACAACCGUUUAUUCUAUCAACAUUAAAAACAAAUUAAUUUCUAGUUUCUAUGUAAAAGGACAUUAAAUUUAAUAUCUUUUCCCGAUGAUGGACCGUCAUCGGGGUGAUAUCGUAGUGGAAUACGCAGUGAGUUGAAAAUCAUACAUUUUGCGUUUAUUUUUUUUUAUUCUGGCACAUUAAUAAACUUAUGCUAUAUUUAAUUUGAAUAUGUAAAAUAAAAUUUAAAAAUCUGAAAAAAACACACUAUUAUUUUAUUUUUAAUUUACUGCG